AUGCAGAGGCUCAGUGCUUUGUUUGUGCUACUUUGUGCUAUCUUCCAUGUUGCGUUAUCCAUCACUGACGGAUUGUUACCCAAUGGCAACUUCGAGUGUGGUCCAAAACCAUCGCAAAUGCGAGGCACAAAAGUGAUAGAUCCCAACGCAAUUCCCAAUUGGGAAAUCUCAGGCUUCGUUGAAUACAUAAAAUCAGGUCAAAAACAAGGAGACAUGUUGCUAAUAGUGCCGGAAGGAACCUCCGCCGUGAGGCUCGGGAACGAGGCGGCGAUAAAGCAGAAAGUGAAAGUCAUCAACGGAAUGUUCUAUUCACUCACAUUCAGCGCCGCUCGAACCUGUGCCCAAGAGGAGAAAUUAAACGUAUCGGUAUCGCCCAAUUCGGAGAGGAAUGAUUGGGGAAUGUUGCCGGUCCAGACCACGUAUAGUAGCGAUGGAUGGGAUGAAUAUUCGUGGGGGUUCUUGGCGGAGUCGAGUGAGAUUGAGAUUGUGAUUCAUAAUCCUGGUGUGGAGGAGGACUGUGCUUGUGGUCCACUUAUUGAUUCUGUUGCUUUGAAGGCUUUGAAUGCUCCUAAACGAACAAGAGAAAACCUGCUGAAGAAUGGAGAUUUCGAAGAGGGUCCAUAUGUGUUCCCUAACGCUUCGUCCGGUGUCCUAAUUCCUCCCAACAUUGAGGACGAUCAUUCUCCAUUACCCGGCUGGAUGAUCGAAUCCCUGAAAGCCAUAAAGUACAUUGACUCCAAGCACUUCUUUGUGCCAGGGGGCAAUCGAGCAGUAGAACUUGUUGCUGGAAGAGAAAGUGCCCUGGCACAGCUGGUUAGGACCAAAGUAGACUCGGACUAUGUCCUCACUUUUGCUGUGGGUGAUGCUAAUGAUUUGUGUGAAGGUCCGAUGGUUGUCGAGGCAUUCGCAGGGCAUGUUACUCUUCAGGUCCCCUAUGAAUCUAAGGGCAAAGGGGGAUUCAAGCUAGCCACACUACCGUUCAAAGCAGUCUUACCACGGACAAGGGUCAGAUUCUUGAGUUCAUUUUAUCACAUGAAGAGUGACCACUCCGGUUCUCUCUGUGGUCCAGUAAUAGACAAUGUCAAAUUGCUUAGUGUUCGCAAACCAUUGCGACCAACAAUUGGUGUUGAAGUUCAUCCACUGGACUUCUUCACGAACUGUGGAAAGAUAAGGUUUUAUUGUUGGGACACAGCUGGACAAGAGAAGUUUGGAGGGCUCAGAGAUGGUUAUUACAUUCAUGGGCAAUGUGCUAUCAUAAUGUUUGAUGUGACUGCACGUUUGACCUACAAGAACGUUCCCACGUGGCAUCGAGAUCUCUGCAGGGUGUGUGAGAAUAUCCCAAUUGUUCUGUGUGGGAACAAGGUUGAUGUCAAGAACAGGCAAGUGAAAGCAAAGCAGGUCACGUUUCAUAGGAAGAAGAAUCUUCAGUACUACGAGAUUUCUGCAAAGAGCAACUACAACUUCGAAAAGCCUUUCCUAUAUCUUGCUAGAAAGCUUGCGGGGGAUCUUAACCUUCAUUUUGUCGAGUCACCUGCUCUAGCUCCUCCAGAAGUUCAAGUCGACAUGGCAGCACAACAACAGCAUGAAGCUGAAUUACUUGCAGCUGCUGCACAACCUUUGCCUGAUGAUGAUGAUGAUGCAUUCGAUUAG